AUGCUGAAAUCAGUAGGGAUCCAAACACCUGACUUCUUUGGUCUUUGUGACCAGUACACUCAGACCGAACCAGGUCUUUUUGAUGGGGAAGCCUGGUUCUUUAACACUGAAGAAGAACCAGGCAGUGAAAAUGAGAGUAUUGAAAAUGUAUCCCCUCACAAAGCCUUAUCUUAUAUCCCCUCUAAAAGUGAUGAAAGUGUUGAUGAUGAUGAGGAAGAAGUUUCAAUGGCAGCACCAUCAAAGUUGAAACCUCAAACUCCCCAAAAUGACACCAAAUUCCUAGUAUUUAUGGAACAAUUGGAUGAUCUUUUGCAUCGAUUCCCUACAUGUGGGGCAGUAGUAAGCAAAAAAAGAAACGUCCACUCGGGAAGUCAACUGUGUGUUACCCUAGCUAAAAUGUAAAAGUGGGCACAUAAAAUUUGGAAGAGUCAACCCAUGCUCAAAGGGAAGGCUGCUAAGUGGAGCAACAUACACAAAAAUAGCAUCUUUAUCUGAAAUUUUUUACUGGAAAAUUUUUAGUGAAAAGACAUUUUACAACAUUCAAAACAUGUACUUAUUUCCUGUGAUUAAUGAGGCUUGGGAGGCGGAACAAAAUUCUGUUUUCAGUGAGCUUGAAAUUGAAUACCUGUGGCUGUCUGGAGAUGGUCGAUGUGACAGUCCCGGACACAGUGCUAAAUAUGGGACAUACACCAUGAUUGAUCAACUAAGUGACUUUCAAAUUGUUCAGGUUAGUGAGGUGACCAGCAGCAACGCAAUGGAAAGGGAGGGGUUUAAAAGGUGCAUGGAAAAUAUUCAUGACAGAGGAGCUAACAUAAAAGUAGUCGCCACAGAUCGCCAUGUCAGUAUACGGUCUGACAUGAAAAAGAAUUUUCCGCAUUUGCAACACCAGUUCGAUGUUUGGCAUGUGGCAAAAAGUAUCUCCAAAAAACUCACAGAAAAGGUUAAGAGGAGGCGUCGCUGGUUGCACUCAAUAUUGAGAAAAAAUUUCAAGCCAACCACUGGACACCGAGUAUGUAGCUUGCAUUUCAAAGGAGGAAAAAAACCUACAUGAACAAUGUUCCUGUUAUUUUUCCUUCGGCAAAAUCUCAUCCCAGGUGGUCACCCGUACCAAGGAGAAAACUAAUUGUUAACAAAUCUUCGACAUCCAACUAAGAGAUGCAGCCUUCACCUAGUUUACCAGCUUCAACCACUACAUCAAAGACUGAUGAGUCCGAGCGUGAUUGUCAAGAGAUUGGACGAUUGAGAGAAGAACUGGGAAGGGUUUUACAUUUAAAAUGAUCGUUGGAACGGGAUCUGUCUAUCCUUAAAUUUGGUUUAAAGUGUUUUAAAGAAUCAGAAAAGGAUAUGAUCUACACUGGCCUGACCUUUGGUCAGUUUGUGGCAUUACUCAAUUUCCUAAAUGCCUAUGGUAUUUGUGAUCAUUUAAAUUACUUGGGCUCUGAUUAUGCUAAGGUACAAUUACCUGAUAUAGAAAAGAAGGGACAAAAGCGCUUCUUAGAGCCUGAUGACGAGCUUUUUCUGACAUUGUGUAGAUUGAGGGUUAAUAUGCCAGAGAAAGUACUGGCUGAUAACUAUAAUAUUAGUGUAUCGGAGGUCUCAAGGAUUUUUGCUACCUGGCUCGACUUACUUUUUUCAAGGUUAAUUCAACUUCCUGUUUGGGCUACGAGAAGAACAGUUGAAGAAACAAAGCCUGAAGUUUUUCAGCAGAAAUACCAACACACAAGGGUCGUCCUUGACUGUACCGAAUUAUUCAUUGAAAAGCCCUCAUGUUUCCGUGCACAAUCUGAAACUUACUCUUCAUAUAAGUCCCACAAUACAGCCAAGGGUCUUGUUGCAAUAGCAACCCCUUGUGUCAGAUUUGUAUGGAGGUCAUUGUAG